AUGAGGGCUUGGAUUCUGUUGGGUCUCAUUACGUUUGUGUUCGCCAAACAUGAACAUUAUAUUGGGUGGAAAACUUUCCACGUGAGACCAUCAAACGAUGUCCAACUCAAGACUUUCGGUUCGCUGAUACAGCAACUGGACCUGGAUGUGCUCGGUCAUGCGACCACGCAGCGUGAAGGGUUGGUCCUCGUGCAGCCUGAUCAGCUCGAAGCUUUCACGAGUCUAAUGGAUGGCCAGGGUAUUGCCUACAGGAUCCAUGCUGAUGACAUCAAAAGUAAGCUUGAUUACGACGAUAUGCUUAUUGAAGAGGCACACAAUGCGACCAAAGCCAGAAACGGAGCAAGACUGCCCUAUGACAAUUACCAGACCUGGGAAGCGAUCGAAGCCUACCUUGACGACGUUGCUCGGCGAUUCCCAAACAGAGCAACCCUGGUCAACGCCGGUCAAUCUUUCGAGGGUCGAAAUCUUAAAUACCUAAAGAUUUCCAGCACCAAUUUCGAAGAUAAAUCGAAGCCGGUCAUCGUCAUCGACGGCGGUAUCCACGCAAGAGAAUGGAUUUCCCCACCGACAGUCACCUGGGCCAUUCGCAAGCUAGUGGAAGACGUGACAGAACCAGACCUUUUGGACCGGUUUGAUUGGAUCCUGUUUCCUGUUGUCAAUCCUGAUGGUUAUCGGUUCACAUUUACCAACAAUCGUUUCUGGCGCAAGACCCGAUCGACUGAUCAAUCCGCUCUCGGCUCUAUUUGCCCGGGGGUCGACGGUAACCGCAACUAUGACUUCUUCUGGAAUACUGUGGGUACGAGCAGCAACGCAUGCGCAGACACGUUUGCCGGGCGCCGAGCCUUCUCCGAGGUCGAAGUAAGAGCUGUACGCGACAUCCUGCACGAGCAUCUGCCGCGCAUCGCACUGUACCUGACCAUGCACAGCUUCGGCAGUAUGAUCCUGUACCCUUGGGGUCACGAUGGGUCUCUGUCGAACAACGCCCUAGGACUCCACACGGUCGGUAUAGCGAUGGCCGACGCGAUCAACUCUAAAGCAUUAAGUCACUUCCCGCGUUACGUCGUCGGCAAUUCCGUUCUGGUCAUCGGAUAUGCUGCUUCAGGAGCAUCGGAAGAUUACGCUCAUUCAAUUGGCGUUCCGUUUAGUUACACGUAUGAGUUGCCCGGUCUGAAUUCGGGCAUGCAAGGUUUCGUCUUAGAACCGAGAUACAUUCAGCAAGUAUGCGAGGAAACAUGGCUUGGUAUUGUAGCCGGUGCUAGAAGAGCUGGUGAUAUUUUCAGGAAGUAA